AUGUCACCCCUUUGUGCUCUUCGACUAAAUGUGUCCAUUUACAGUAGGUAGCGCGUAGGAGAGCUCAUCUCGGGGUCGGUACUCCGCCGAAGUGUUGUACUGUUCAGCAGCGCUUUCGUGCUGAAACAACACGGUGCUCGACAAUUAACUGAAACCAACUUAUUCAGUUAAUUUCACAGAGUCGGCUGUGUAGUAGUAGAACUAGAAGAAGACGAGCACGAGCCACGACGCCGCCGCCCCACCGCACCGCGCGGUCAUUUCAUCAUUUUUUCAUUUCCGGUUUAUUUCUCGGACCCCGCAGUUGUUGUCGUUCCAGCGGCGAGGGAGCCUGGCCGGCCAUGGGGCCCGAAGUGGCGGCGGCCGCAGCCUUCGUGUCCAGCCUGCUGAGGACAACGGGUUCGCUGAGCGAGCGGCAGCUGCGCGUGUUCAGCGACGGCCUGCAGGAGGCGCUCGCAGAGCACUACAAGCACCACUGGUUCCCAGAAAAACCCCAGAAGGGUUCAGGCUACCGCUGCAUCCGGAUCAACCACGAGAUGGACCCGCUGAUCGGCCGGGCCGCGAACCAGGUCGGGCUGAGUGCUCACCGGCUCUUUGAGCUUCUUCCGAGGGAGCUCACCCUGUGGGUGGACCCGUUCGAGGUGUCAUACCGCAUCGGUGAGGACGGUUCCAUCUGCGUCCUGUACGAGGCAGAUUCGCCAACGGGCAGCCCGGAGCCCAGUGGUGCCGAAUGCAGCCGGUACCUUUGCCAGGAGGGCCUUCUGAUGGGCCGCCGCAGCCCACCGAAACACCGCCUGAUGACCGUCUCCAGUUAGGUUCUGGUGGGACGGUCCAGGACAUGACCCACAUCUCAACAAGGCCUUGCUGGUGCUUGUCUCAUUGACCUGCUGGCAUUUAACCAUAGAAGAUGCAUAACUUACUGUGGAUUCUUAACUUCUUGUGCUUUUUUCCAAUUUAUCUUUACUAAAAAUGGAGUAAUGAAAACACUCUUUGGGGCAUUUAAAGUCAGUGCCCAAUUAAGCUCAGGGUUGGGGACAAAUACAUUGCCUUAUAACUACUUUUGUCUGCUGAUCACGCAGUUGGGAGAAACCCCCCCCGUAACACAUUACACGUUAAAAACGAGGACCAGAGUUGCUAAAUAAUGUUUUAAAACCUAAAAUAUUAUAAAAUAAUGCUUAAAGACUGUAAACAGUAAAGACUAUUCUAUACUGUUUAUUAUGCAUCAUAUGACAUGAUGAACAAAUGUAUGUUUUAGGUCUGUUUUUGCAAGUAAUUAUUACAUUUUGAUAUUUACUCAUGGUAUGUCUGUGAGAUGCACAUGACUUCAGAGACCGAAUUACUGACAGGUCUCGCAGAUAUGGUUGUAGACACGAUCGUUACCGAAUAGUGCUUGUGUGUGGUCACUAAAGUGAGCAUUAGUGAACGUGGUCCAAAAAUGGUACCGUCAUUGACCGUAUAUGAUGUUAACCGUGCAGUGACUCUCUUUGCAGGCGACUAAUUUCCUGACGGAAGGGUUGCUUACGAGUGCCGAUUCUGAUGUUUCUCUUCGCACUUCUGAAACUUGCAGGUCUCAGUGAUUGUCCGCGGAUGUUGCGUACGUGAUAUUAAUAGAGCCCCCAAACGCUGCGUGUUUUAUUUCUUUGCUCGCGAAUUCUUCUUGUCAGCGUUCGUUUGCUGUCAUUACUUGGUCGCAUUCGGCACAUUUACAUGACAUUUAUUCUUUUAGCAGACUCUUUUGUACAAAGCGACAUACAACUCGGAGUAAAGAAAAGUGCGUUUCGUUAACAGCCAAAGAGCUUCUGAUACAGAUCCAUGAUUGUCGAUGCACUUAGUGUGUCCAAUACGACCGUUUUUGCGGGAGCACAUUACAUGAGUAGGUGCAUAUAGAAUUGAUAGGAAAUGCAAAGGUUUUUGUGACAGAUAAUGUAGAGCAAAUUACAUCAGGAGAAAAGUGGGUCUCAAAGAGAUGUGUUUUGAGACUCUCCUUGAAUGUUGAAAGAGAUUCAGCAGUUCUGAGGGAGAGAGGGAGCUUAUUCCUCCACAUGAGGGCCAGAAAGGAGAAUCUUUGGGCCUUUAAUUUUGGACCUCUUGUGCGACACCACCAAGCCGCCAGAGGUGAUCAGACUUCGUACUGAGUGCAAGAUGCAAAAUUGGAAUUGCCACUCAGCUGUUUUAUGAACGUAACCCUUCACAUUCUCCUCCAGGUUCAACCAAAGAUUUCCACUGUAAGUUUACUGUAUUCUGCCUUAACAUUUUUUAUGCUGUGAUAAAAGUGCCACUUGAACAAAUUCCGUGUUCUAUCUUCCAAGAAAAUAAAGUAGAAAAUUUAUACUUUCAUACUGUUUUGCUGCAGCCUUAAACACUACGUUGUGUCAGUCGUGCCAUGUGAUGGGAUGUUGUGAACCUGGACACAGUGGAAGACACUCGAAAUACCAGUACUUGUGUCUUCCAUGCUGGGAUGUGAUAUUUUAGGUAUUUCGCAGCCCCCCCUCCAUGGGCUGUUGAGCAACUUAAUAUAUUUUUUUGAUAAAUCUAUUAUUUCUAAGCAAUGUGAUGUAAAAUAUGC